AUGUCAAACCAACAACAACACCUUGACUUGUCAGACUUCGAACGCAUCAUCAGAAUCGGAAACGGCUCCUGGGGUCCCGUCUACAAGGUCCUCCACCGCCCCACCGCCACCCACUUCGCCCUCAAGGUAAUCUACUCAAACCACGAUGAUGAUUUCCGUCGCCAGAUCCUUCAUCAAAUCAAGCUCCUGCAUGGUAUCGAUAACAUCAACAUCGUCAAGUGUCAUGACGUGUUCGAUCGUGAUGGUGAGAUUCAGGUUCUUCUUGAAUACAUGGACUGUGGAUCUCUUCAAGGCACGCACUUGUCCGACGAAUCCUCUUUGGCCGACCUCACCCGUCAGAUUCUCUCUGGUCUCCACUACCUCCACCGGAAUAACAUCGCCCAUCGUCAUAUCAAACCUUCAAAUCUCUUAACUAAUUCCAAAAAAGAAGUGAAGAUUGCGAUUUCUGGGGGUUACGAGGAUCUUGGAACAGACGACGCAUCCUUGUAA